UUCAAGCUGCCGGCUAGUCUACGAUUAGUUGGGACUUGAACUCUGGCACUGUAGGAGUAGUUCUCAACAUGUUGGCCGCAUCACUUUGUCUCAUUCUGCUGCUCCAAGUCAAUACGAUUCCUGGACAAAUCUAUCAAAUCUCAAGGAUACCCGGGAAUGGCAACGUUCAGAUAAUAAGCCCAUACGGGGGCCAAGUACAGGUCUUUGACUCGACCGAGCAAGUCCGUCCUUAUCCCUGGCUGUAUGAGAUGUUGAAUAACCUUAACAUCACAGCAAAGAGAACCACCGAGAACGUCCAGCUGAUCAGUUCGUUGGGGAACGGCAGCUUUCAGCUAAACACGACACCCACUCCGAGCGAAGAAAACACACCGCUGCGCACGCUGCUAAGGAACUGGUUCUUCCGACCCAGCCCAGCCCAGCCCAAUUUCCAAGUGGUAAACCUCGGAGGUCGGAACCUAGGCGAUCUAGGCGAUCAGAGCUACUGGGAAGACCGGAAUCCUACGCAAGUGUUGCUGCCUCGGAGGCGGGUGGCGACUACCGGAAGGCGGCAUCAGCAGCGUCGCAUUUUGAUGAGGAACCUUAAAUACGGUCAGGCCGUGCUGAUGAACGCCGAUACCCUAAGAAUGCCCUUCUAUGAGGAUGACUGGGAGAUCGGCUCCAGUUAUUCUGGCUGA